ACCUAAAGCUGGGACGUGGUGUCAGUGGUUAACCACACUGCUGAACUAUAAAGUGUUGCGAGAGACGCUUGUCCUCUAUCUUUGCAAGAGAGAACGUAAAUGUUCAGGAAAAAGUCCAUCAGCUUCGGGCCUUGCAUCAUGUCUAUCGAAGCCCAGCAAUCUCCGCCGCCUCGGCAGUGCUCAGUGCAGCAGUAUCCAGCCAACAACUAUUCAGACGAUGCUAAUCUAGUCGCCCUCGACCAAAUCAUCUUCGACGGCAUCUUCCGCGAGGUGAGCUCUCGCGGGGUACGCGAGUUGCUUCUGCACGCGCAGCUGCACAUGUCGGAGGGGAACUGGUGCACGGCCAAGUCGCUGUGUCGCCAGGCGCUGGACCGCUGCAGCAACGAGCUGGACCGACGUAAGCUGCGCCUGGUGCUGACGGAGAUGGACCUGUACCAGGACCGCGCCGUGCACGAGCUCCUGGACGCCAACCGGAAGCUGGACUGGGUGGACAUCGGUCGGCGACCCGUGGAGAAGCUGUUCGAGAGUCACCACGACAUGCCGCAGAGCAUCUUCUUCAUUCGCCACGAGAACAGCGGCGUCAGCCGACACCACGAUGACGUGGGCUGCAGCGUGCGGUUCACCGUGGGGAGGCGGCUGUUGUCCCACCAGUACCGCGCCGGUAAGAUCGGAGAGCUGCACUGCAGCCUCAUCACCCCCACCAUGCUGCUGGGCACUCUGGAAGAUCAACGAGUGCGAGAGGAUGGGGUUGUCAUCUAUUAUCGCCCCUUUCUCCCGGCCGAGAAGCUUCUCAUCAUGCAUCGCUUGCUGGAGGAGAGCAACAUGGCGGACUUUGAGCUGGUCUACCCAUUUCCCGUCCUGCAUCCAGUCAGCCGUGAAGAGCUGUGCUGUCCCACAGACGGCUGGCAGAUCAGCGAGGAGCUCGCGGAGCAGCUGGAGGAGGGCGAGGAGAUUCUUCGCGAAUGUUCACGCGAAUUCCUCAGAAGCCUGAAGAAGACGGGUCUGCGUCUGUUCGACCCCGCCUGCUGUAACGGCAUCUUCCUGGAGGACAUGAAGCGAGCGGUUGCUGACGCCUACACCGUGGGUCAGGACCUCAGCUCCAACAUGGUUCGCUACGCUCGGUCGCGACUGGACGAGGUUCACUGCGGCGACUGCCGGCAGCCGGCCAUUGCCGACAACAGCGUCGACGUCGUGUUCUGCAGAUUUCUAAACUCAGAAGUAGUCAAGACAGCUGACGUCAUGGAGCUGUUGCUGCCUCCAAGCCGAUGCGUCAAGGUGGGCGGACACCUGGUCAUCUUCGGACACACCCCCGUCCUUCUGUCUGCCGCCGAUCUCAGACAACUGAACGGGUGGAAGCUUCUGAGCUGUGUAGCGGGUAGCGCGCGCUGGAACGGAAUCUUCCAGUUUUACGUUUGUCAGCGAAUUAGUUAACCUUCCCGACAACCCCUCAGAGACCACGUGAUAUUCUUAUACCCAUUCUUCUGCUCAUUCAUUGCAAUAACUGCAAGGAAAAGAGCCCACAGUAAAAGGAAAAAGUGAGGUAGUGAGAAGAGAGGAAGAACAUACAGCUUUUCAGACAUUUGUAACCAUAAACUGAGUGACAUUUCUUUACAACUUCUUGUAAAUCACAGCGCCGGUAAAAAGAAAAAAAAAAAAAAAAAAAAAAAAAAAAAAAGGAUCGUAAAUGGCAAUGUACCUAGUUCAGCGCCUCCCUCCCCCAUCACGGAAUUACUGGGAAAACAGCUCCUGAGUUGUUCGACUGUAAAUAUUAUCACGUAAAAGAAAACUGUAUAAGAACACUAGUAAUGGCUGCAGAGCAGGCUCCACACUGUUAACGGUUUACACUUGACAUUUAAAAAAAAUUGUUGUACAUUUGUAAAUACCACUUAUUUAAGGACUGAAAUAAUUUCCAUACAUGUUCUGUGACGUGCUAGUAUUUUUUCUAUGGAAGUGUAAGUGAUGUAUUGUUAUAAAAAGCUCAUGAGAUAUUUAAUGUAUUGUCUUUUAAAUUUUGUGUUAACUAUAUAACGCAUUUAGCUUCCGUGAAAUUCCUUCUAAAUCAUGCUCAAUGUUAGAAUCGAAAUGGAAUCCAUGCACUGACUUUAAUGUAAUGCAUCACUGUCAACUCGCUGAUGAACAAUGCUCAUAUUACUUAUCCUGCCUUUCGGUAAUAAUAAAAAAGCUGUCGAAGUGA